AUGGUCGCCCUGAGCUUCCUCAAGAAGCAGGACCAGGAGAAGGCGGAGGAGAUUGAGAAACUGAAGCAGCAGCUGAUUGAUUUGAAAAAGCAAGCGCAAGAAGAGAACAAGAAACUGGCAGACCAAUACACCCAACAAGUAAAAGAACUGGAGGAGAAAUUUCAGAAAAAAGUCAGAGAAAUCAGCCAAAUUCAGUUAGAACUGAGAUUGAUAAAAGAGUUCCGCAGGAAAAAAGCAGAUAUGGAGAAAGAGCUGGAAGAUUUAAGAGAGAGAAUGGAGACCUCAAACAAGAAACAUCAGGAAGUGGUUGUGAGACUGGAGAAAAAGUUCCUUGAGGAAAAGAAAAGACUGGAAAAAGAUGCUGAGAAGAAAGUAAUAAUGAUGACAGAGACUGCCCAUCGUGAGGCUGUUUUGCAGCUGAACAGCACUGGGAGAGAGGUGUUUAAGGAGAAUGUUCGUCUUCAUGAUGCUUUUAGUUGCCACCUGAAAGAGGCAGCUGAACUGCAAAAAAUCAAGAAGAAGUUAGAGGAGGACAAAACACUUCUGUUGCAGGAGAAGGAAACCAAUGAGUGUUUGAUUCGGGAAAAGAUCUUACAGAUCAAUCAGCAGAAAGCACAGAUUGGAGAUCUGGAAGAUAAAGUGGAAAAGCUAGAGAUGGCCUUAUGUCACAUGUCCAGAGAAUUUGAGACAGAGACUCAGAGGACACAGCAUCAGGCGCUGAUACAAAAUGAAGCAAGCAUGGUGGAGGUCAAAAAACUACAGCAACUACUAGAAAUGAAGGAUCGUGAGAUGAACCGAGUGAAGAAACUAGCCCGCAACAUCCUAGAUGAGAGGACUGAGGUGGAAAGGUUCUUCCUAGAUGCUCUAUACCAUGUGAAGCAGGAGAUCAUAGCCAGCAGGAAGCAUUACAGGGAAAAGGCCCAAACUGCCUAUUACAGAAAAAUGAUGGAGGCGUGUGCAGGGAAGGAGGAAUUUCCCAAAAUCAAAACAUUCACAAGCAACAUGAACAGCACAAACAGUGUAUACAAAGACCUAGAAGAAGCAGAGAAAUGCUGCUGGGGAAAGAUCCAGUUUGAAAAAGUUGAUAUCAGUGAGUUGACAUGGGAACAAAAAGAACGUGUUCUGAGAUUACUUUUUUCCAAAAUGAAUGGCACAAACCAAUGGAAAUACAGCAAAGAUUUGGCCACUUCAGUUCCUGAUGAUACUGGAGAAGAAAACAGAGAUGGCACAGAAAAUAUUCCUCCCAGCCUAACAUUCAUUACACAGCAGGCUGAAUUGUCAGAGUCAUCAUCUUCUGCACUAAUUCUUCCACACAUUCGGAUGUUCACACCAAAGACUAAGUAAGGCAGCUAUAUAUGCUUCGAAUGAACAAGACCAACAGCCACCGCAGUUACUCUCAUUGGCACUUUUCAUUUGUGAAGUCAU